GACCAUUUUAUCAAAGAAUGAGGAGCCCAUUGUCGGGAUUUAAGAAACCCACAAAGACUUUGGCGGGGCCUUGGUACUAGGUCAAAUCCAUUGUUGAUUUGUUAAAUACACAAUCUUUGUUAUCAGUAGCAUGUUUAAACAAUUAGAACAAUAAGUUGUGAACCCCUAUAUCCUCAAGUCUGUAAAUGCUACAGCUAGUACUAAAUGAUAAGAUCUCUUUCAACUUACACUUUCCACUCAAAUUACUCGAAUAUUUCACAAUCAGCAGCAGAAGUUUCAACAUCCAAAAUGACGAACAUUCUUUCAAAUUUUGAAGGUUCUGACCAAGACCAAAACAUAGGGAUUGAAAAAGUAGACCAAACUCUGAUAACCCGAGUAGAAGCAUGGCUCAACUCAAUCAGCGAAGGUGCUCCAGACACGACCUCAAGCACCGCAACUGAGAGUCAACAGAAAGAGUUCUCGAACACUCUGUCAGAGGACGACACCCACCAAUUCGAUUUCAAACCCUAUUCAUCAGUUCCCAGUAUCGAUAUAUGGGACUGGGUGAAGCAGCCACCCUCACCUGAAAAAUGGUGCGAGUCCGUUGGCGACGCAGACGACGAGUCAUCCUUGGAUGACGCGGAUUCUACUCCUGAGUCUGACUGGGAGACUUCGUCCUUGGUCGGUUCUUGCAAGGAAUCAGCUUCGGAUGGCGAUUCGCGAUCGAAAUAUCCGGAAAACUGUGAAAUGAAAUUACCACUAACAAAGCGAUUGAGAAGCCCAAACAAUACAUAA